AUGGCAGUAGGUGUUGAAACUAAAGCUGAGGAGGAGGCUAAAACCGACGAACCAGUUUUUAUCGGAGAAAUGAUGAAUGCAGUUGAACUAGUUUCACUGAGAACUGGCACGAACCCAAUUCUUAGUCUGAGAACUAGGUUUAUCCCAGUUCUCCGAAUUGAGAGAGAUUAUAUAACUGUAAUUAACAAGAGCCGACUUACACAUUUCACUUCACUUAAGUACUUUCUCUUCAAUUCUUGGUUUUCUUUUCUUGUUCAAGAAAACCAAGAUGACACAGAAGUACAAGAAUUCUUUCACAAGGAACGUCAGUGUCUCUCUGUUGAAGCCUUUAAUGACCCAAAUAUUCAUCUUCUCAGAACCAAUUUUGCAUUGUUUUUAGCUGAAUUUUGUGCGUCUGAGGCAUACUGCAGUAAGAUAGGGCGUUUUGCAAACAAGUCUCAAUUCGAUGCGUUAAUUCCAUAUAUGGCAAUGAACUACUUGGAUGAAUUCAUUUCAAAACACGAAUUGCCGACUUUAGGAGAAGCUAAUGAAGCGUAUCGUAGUCGUGUUCUAGCUGUUGCUUGCCUAUGCAUUGCUUGGAAGUUGAUGACUCAAGGUUUCAAAAACGCUAUUUUAUCGAAACACUGCCCAGAUCUGCGAAUCAAACUGAAAGAUUUGAACAAAGUUGAGAAAUUGGUUCUGAAAAUAAUCAACUGUCGAGCAUUUCGUGUGAAUGCGCUUUGCUUCGUUCAGUAUUUACUGAGUUUAGUAGCAGAACCAGAGAUGAGUUUGACACCAAUUAUCAUUCAGCUCAUAGUUCAAUCACAAGCUGAUGUAAAGCUUACUCAGUUCAAGUGUUCGGUGUUAGCAGCAUCGGCUAUUUUAGUCACCUGCUCUCCUCAGGCUCAUUCAGAAUACAAGGAAAAGUUCGCAGGGACAGAUAUCAAAAUGGAUCAAGACAAACUAGAUGAUUGUGUGCAAAUGCUGACUGAGUUCCGGGAAAAAAUAUGGAACCCGACUGAGAUUAUUGCUCCUCAGAAUACAAGUCCUGAAGGUGAAGAGCCAUCAUCUUCAACAGAAACACCUGAAAAGAAACGAGCGGAGAAGGAAGAAGAAUUACUUCGGAGUUUUGGCUUGAAGUGGAAAACUUAUUAUGACAAUAUAAACCUGACAACGGACAGAACUCUAUUUCCCUGUGAAGCUGAAGAACCAGCACCAGAACCAGAAUUUGCUGAUCUUGGCGACUUCGUAGACUUGUCCUCAUUUCCUACCUCCUAGAUAUUAGAGAUACCUUUCCAUCACUUCAUUCCCAACUAUGUGCGUUUUUUUAGUUACUUUUCCGUUUCCGAAACUCUCACGAACUCUUAAAAAAUGUAUCAAGGCAGUUUCUGCAAAUAAUAGUCAUAUUUAGAAAUAGGAUGAAAUUUCCUAUGACGGCAUUAGCUAAUAACAGCAGCUGCCGAGGCUGGAGCUGUGGUGGUUGCGUUGACGACGGCUUGCAAAAAUUGAGAAGAUGAAUCUGUAGAAUCCAUAAGUAGAUGAAGAUCAAAUUAACCGGUCCUAACAUCUGUGGCCAUAUAUGUGAUAGGCCAAACUUCUGCACAGAUAUACUUUUCCUCAAUAGUACUUUUCUUGUGCAAUUUAAAUCAGCAACAGAAAAAUGCUUUAAUAUAAGA